AUGGAUUUAGAGCAGAAGAAGCAGCCGUGUUGGAAACUUGAACUCGAGCCUUUAGAUAAGCCUGAUUCUUCAUGGCUUUUCUAUGCUCUGCAGCUCUUGAGGAGGGUGUUUGACCUGAUUCGUGAGGACGAUCUCGAGAUUAUUACAGAUAGACCAAGAACAGCGAUGAUGUCUCCACGGCUCCUUGCAGAAGGGACACAGACAACAGUUUGUCUAAACUUUGCUCAUCUCUGCAGAACGAUGCAUAGGAAGCCAGGUCAUGUCAUGAACUUCUUACUCGGCCAAAUGGAGACAAAGGGAUCGCUGGACAAACAGCAGCGGCUAGAGAUGCAGGGCUUAGUGUCUUCUAAGGAUUUCCAAGCUGUGUUCCGGAGAUACAUUGUGGGAGAGUCUUGUCUGACAUGUAUUCGUUGGGUCUUAGACGCGUUCGUAAUCUGCAGCUGCUGCAAAAGUCCUGGCACAGCUCUUGGAGAAGACAAUGGUCUUUUCACUCUCAGGUGUGAGAUGGAGAAAGAUGAGGAGAUAUAA